CUGUGGUCGAACGCGGUAGCAACGGCUGAGGGAACGAGAGAAGGAGUCACUGAGAAACAAAUACUUGAGUUGUUUUUAUUUCAGACUAGUUUCCUUUGAGAAAUACAUUUUAAAGGUUGGAAUAAAGUUCACGGAUAUACACAAAUAUACGACAACCGGCGAAGGGAAGCCUGUGGGCUGCAGCAGCUGUCGCAGAAAGUCAGACAGACGGUGCAUUGGCCCGAAAUGCCAGCAGCAGCCUUUCGCUGAACUCAUUCCCUGUGUGACGGAGGGAGAGAGCAAAGGAGCAAGGCAGUGAGGGCAAAGAGGAGUGAUGGGGGAGACGGAGGAUGAGAGGAAUUCUCAGGCUAGCCAGCUCUUUGAGAACUUUGUGCAGGCCUCCACGUGUAAAGGCACCCUCCAGGCCUUCAGUGUCCUGUGCAGGCAGCUGGAACUGGACCCGGCUGACCACCAAGGCUUCUACAGCAGCCUCAAAACAGCAGUCACCUCCUGGAAGGCCAAGGCCCUCUGGACCAAGCUGGACAAAAGAGCCAGCCACAAGGAGUACAAGAAAGGCCAAGCAUGCGCAGACACCAGGUGUCUCAUCAUCGGUAGUGGUCCUUGUGGAUUGCGUACAGCCAUAGAGCUGGCCCUGCUGGGAGCCAAGGUUGUGGUGAUUGAGAAGAGAGACACCUUCUCCAGGAAUAAUGUUCUCCACCUUUGGCCUUUCACUAUCCAUGACCUCAGGAACCUCGGAGCUAAGAAAUUCUAUGGGAAAUUCUGUGCUGGAGCCAUAGACCAUAUCAGUAUUCGUCAGCUGCAGCUGAUCCUCCUGAAGGUGAGUCUGAUCGUGGGGGUGGAGGUGCACGUCAAUGUCGAGUUCCUCAGUCUCUUGGAGCCAUCUGAAGAACAGGGCAGUGAUGGGCUUGGAUGGAGGGCAGAAAUCCGUCCUGCUAGUCACCCCAUCUCCGACUAUGAGUUUGAUGUGUUAAUAGGAGCAGAUGGACGGAGAAGCACACUAGAUGGCUUUAGGAGAAAAGAGUUCCGAGGUAAGCUGGCUAUUGCCAUCACAGCCAACUUUGUAAACCGUAACACAACUGCGGAGGCUAAAGUAGAAGAGAUUAGUGGGGUGGCCUUCAUCUUUAACCAGAAGUUCUUCCUGGAGCUGAAGGAGGAGACUGGGAUUGAUUUGGAGAACAUUGUGUAUUAUAAGGACAACACACACUAUUUCGUCAUGACUGCAAAGAAACAGAGUUUGUUGGACAAGGGUGUUAUCAUUCAUGAUUACAUAGAGACAGAGCGACUCCUUCACAGUGACAACGUGAACCAGGAGGCUCUGCUCUCGUAUGCUCGUGAGGCCGCCGACUUCGGCACCAACUACCAGCUGCCCUCGCUGGACUAUGCCAUCAACCACUACGGGCAGCCUGACGUUGCCAUGUUCGACUUCACCUGCAUGUACGCCUCAGAGAACGCAGCACUGGUCAGAGAGAAGAGCAGCCAUCAGCUGCUGGUGGCUCUGGUUGGAGACAGCCUGCUAGAGCCCUUUUGGCCCAUGGGAACAGGAUGUGCUCGGGGCUUCCUGGCUGCAUUUGACACAGCGUGGAUGGUGCAGGGUUGGGCUCAGGGCAAAGAGCCUCUGGAGAUCCUGUCUGAGAGGGAAAGUAUUUACAGACUGCUGCCACAAACCACAGCAGAAAACAUCAUCAAGAACUUUGAGCAGUACACCAUAGACCCAGCAACCCGUUACCCCAACCUCAACUCCAACUGUGUCCGACCACACCAGGUUCGACAUCUGUACAUUAACGGAGAGCAGAACUCCUGUUCAGUGGAGCGUGGUGGACCCACACGUAGGUCUGUCAAUAUCACCAGAAGAGAGUCGGAGGUGCGGCCGAGCCGGUUGCUGCUGUGGUGUCAGAAACAAACACAGGGCUACCGAGGAGUGGAUGUCACUGACCUCACCACAUCUUGGAAGAGUGGCCUGGCCCUGUGUGCCCUCAUCCACCGCCAACGCCCUGAGCUCAUUGACUUUGACUCUCUAAAUGAGGCAGACUGUGCUAGGAACAACCAGUUGGCGUUUGAGGUAGCUGAGCGGGCGUUUGGUAUCCAGCCGCUCAUCACAGGGAAGGAGAUGGCGGCAGUACAGGAGCCGGACAAGCUGGUCAUGGUGCUGUACCUCUCUAAGUUCUACGAAAUGUUCCGCAACUCAUCUUUGCCUGCCCCAGGAGCGGUGAGAGAAACAGACGAAAACAAUGAGGACUAUUCAUCAAAGUCUGCUAACUCUGUUUACAACUUAAUGAACAUAUCAAUGCCCAGAAAGCGGGUUCCAAAGGAUGAUAAGAAGUUAGAAGACAAUGACCCGAACAAGAAAAGAAGAAAAGGCAGCAACUACCCAGAAGAGCUGUCCGGUCAGGGUGCCUUAACUACAGGGGAAGGCCUGGAACAGAAGGAGAAUAAGGUGCGCUCCAUGGCGACCCAGCUUUUGGCCAAGUUUGAGGAGAAUGCACCUAGCUGUGCCUUGCGUCGACAGUCUUGUGGUUCUGUAAAUCAGUCAGAGCCUGAGUCUGACUCCUCUGUGGAAAAACCCAGUUCUCUGGAUAUGGCUGAAAAUCCUCGCUUUGCUAAACCCAAACACGUGACCCAGUCCCCUCCUCCCCCAUCCAAACCAAAAUGGCAGCCAUCCCCUUACUUGAGACUCCUUGAGUCUCAACUGCAGCCUGGCUACAAACAUGGAAAUCUAGAAAACCAGCAUUCUCACCAAUACAGUCAAGUCCAGUCAUCAUAUGCCCACAUAGACAGUCAUGCUGUUUAUCAAGAACCACAGUUCAGUUACCAUACCACAGAGCCUUGGUCCUGCCCUCAAACCUCUGAACCCCGCUCGAGUUGUCUAACUCCUGAACCUCGGCCCAGUUCUUCAUUCCAUUCGACCCUUGCUGCCCAGUUGGUGUCUUUGAACCAUCUCCCCGAGCCCAAAGAGCCCUCACUGGCCUGUAGGUCUCUAGAACCCCUCCGUUCCUCUGCACCUGCUCUGGGAGGGAUGUUCCUGCGCCUGCAGCAGCUAGAAGACCAGAUCAGUCAGAAGAAAGCACAGACUCGAAGUGCUCGUGAGUUCAGCAGAAAGAGUAUAAGGGAGAGAGCGGAGCAGUUGAGCUUCCUCUUCUCUGGCAGGCAACCUCAGGUAGAUGGACCCUCUCCUGCUCCUGUUUCUCCACCUUCUAAACCUCUAUCGGUCCAAUCUCUCCCUGCGUGCUCUGCUCUUUCUUGUCUGCUUUCUCCUCCUCCCCCACCUCCGCAAAAACAGUGUAACGGACAUUCUGAGUCCCAGCAGAAUGAUCACCAAAGGCAUACAGAUCGAUCUGAAAUCAAACGCAUAGAAUGCCUUGAUCCUUCCAAACAGAGGACAGUUGGAAAGGUUUCCUCUGCUAUAGGUGUUAAAGCUGCCACUCUGGCCAUCCUUUACGAAACCGAUCACAGACCCAACAACCCAGUCGUCCUCUCACUGACAGAAGCCAGAAGGUCCCAAGAUGCUGGAUCGGCUAACGUACGGAGGGAAUUUGCUCCGGGCGUGGGCGGCAGUGACAUCUGUCACUUCUGUAAGAAGCGUGUGUACGUGAUGGAGCGACUGAGUGCAGAGGGCUACUUCUUCCACCGGGAGUGUUUCCGCUGUGAUGUCUGCAACACAACCUUGAGACUGGGAGGACAUGUGUUCGACUGUGACCAGAGCAAGUUUUACUGCAAGCUUCACUUUUCACAGCGAAAAGCCAGCCACAGGCAUAGAAAGAAAGAGAACCAUGGAGGCAGCGUGUCUUCAGUGGAUGGUAGUGAUGGUUACUCAGCCACUGGCAGCCUCCGCAGCCAGCCUUCAGACACUUUAGGAGUCAAAUCAUCGACUGAGAGACAGCACAGCCGGGACCAGAAUGGUCCGCUGGACCCCAGCAUGGUGACCGUGAGUCCAUCUGAGGAGCGGCUUUCAAAUCCUCCAGAGCUCAUUAGCACCAGAGUGGAGGACUCAUCUAUCCAGGACACUCCUACAGAGUCUGAGCCGCUCAGGCCGAACUCUCCACAGCUCAAAGUUGAGCGCUCCUUCACCAAAGGAGGGAUCACCACCAGGAACAACUGGAAAAGGAAGAUCAGAGCCAAACUGAUCUGGGUAAAGACCCCCGACCGCAGCCGAGCAGCAGGAGGAGACGACGCACUCAUAGAAGAAGAUGGAGAUUCUGACUUUGAGGAGAUACAUGCACCUAAUCCUCCAGCAAACCCUGCAUCGCAGACUGCAGACCCACACUGCCCCCUACAGGACAAGGAGGAGCGGCCAGCUCCUGUUGAAAUACCCUACUAUCGCACCCAUGGAAUUUCAGCCACCCCAAAACCCAGCACCUCGUCCACAGAGCCUCAUACAGUUGCCCCAGACAAGCAAAACUCUCUUAGCCCUAAAAAGAAGCUCACUCUCUCCUCAUCUGAGAAGGAGAAGCUGCUGGAUUGGGAUCUAACCACUCCUGGAAAGUUCUCAGAAGCUGCUGCCACCACAGACGGAUCAGAGAGAGAGGUACAGAGCAGCCCUGAGAACCAGACCAAACCUCAGGAAGCUCCUGACCGCAGUCCUCCACUCUCAGGUUUCCAGCUGUGGGCCAGUGCCCUAAGGAAGUCCUUCUCCAGCUCAGGAAACAACACCAAAGUCAUCAGGAGGAACCGGCCACCCAGAGCCAGGCCGCUGUCUGAGGACUCUUUCAGCUUGAGUUCACUAUUUGGAGCUUCCACCCAGAUCCAUGAGGAGGACAAAGAGAGAACGCGCUCCAGAGCAGCUACGGAAGGAAGCCAGCGCAGGAGCGAGAUUACAGCCAUGUUGGAGGAGGUGACCCUCAGCACCAAGCCACCAGGGGGCUCCAAAGACGACAUGGCCUCGCUGCCACCCAGAAAGCUCAACUUUUUCUCCUCUCUCCGGGUGAAGAGGAAUGAGGGAGUGGGCAGAAGCAGGACAGACAGCCAGACGAAAGACAUCUGGGCCAUCCUCUCCAAAUUCCGAAACAAAGCCUCCACACAGCAGCAGCAGCAACAACAGGAGGAGGAAGACAAUUCUUCCAGUGAGGAAGGCCCAGAGUCCACCACACGAAGGUCUGAUCCUGACAACUCGGAAAGACAGAGAAGAAAGCAGGAGAAAAUACUCCUCCAGCAGAGCAAGAGAGAGCAGCUCAAACGACUACACAGAGCACAGGUUAUCCAGAGGCAGCUGGAGGAAGUGGAGGAGAAGCAGAGAGUGUUGGAGGAGAAAGGAGUCACCCUGGAGAAAGUCCUGAGAGGAGAGCAGGAUGACCCGUCAGCAGACGAAGCCACACUCCUGCAGUCCUGGUUUAAACUCGUCCUGGAGAAGAACAAACUGGCCAGAUAUGAAUCAGAGCUGAUGAUCUUUGCUCAGGAGCUGGAGCUGGAGGACAGGCAGAGCCAGCUACAGCAGGAGCUCAGAUGCAGGAUGGCCAUUGAAGACUGUGAGAAGAGUGCAGGGGAGCUGGCAGAGGAGCAGGCCCUGCUGGUGGAGGUGAUGAAGGUGGUGGAGGAGAGGGAUCGACUCGUCAGCCUGCUGGAGGAGCAGCGGCUGCAGGAAAAGGCAGAGGACCGCGACCUUGAGGGCCUCAUCCUGUCCAAGGGCUACCAGUUCCACUGGGCAUGAGGGAGCUGCAGGACAAACAGCAGCUCCGAGAAUCAGUACUGGUCUGGGAUCAGCUCUGGACCUAUUUGUAUGGAUUUAUUCAUGAGGGCGAUGGUUUCCAACAUUGCCCUGCACAUUUUAGUCUCUGACUUGCUGUAAAACACCUGAUUCAACUCAUCAGCUAACUGACCUGUCCAUGCUGUGCUUUCAUUUGUGGGCAGAGCGUGGCUGUUGCCAAACUGUUGCCUGGUUGGACAAGCUAUGUAGAAUGUUGGCAAAACUAACUUUCAUCCUAAUGAGAAAUCGUAUCACUCAGUUUUUGCCUGAGUCUAUCUGGACAGUGUCUUUCACAUGUAUACAAAAUAAAUACCUUUUGAAAUUAUUAACAAUGCAUUCUAGAGGCAUAGAUAAAUUUCACAAUACAAUAUUUUUGAGAUUUUUCAGUUCGAUUUUGGAUUUUGAGGUCAUGAUUCAAUUCAGUUUUUCAUUUUUAUGUGUUAAAAACAUUAAAAAUGAUUUACAGAGUUCCAAGACUAGACUAAAUCAAUCUGUGGGAAACUCCCUGAUAAUCACCAAAUCACCAAAACAGACUGCACUUCUAUCCUAAAGUGCUGUGUGGACAGCAUCAGGGUCAGCUUCUAGCUCUAUUACAUCUACCAGCUGUACAAACCUACAGGAAGUCCUGUCAUGCAUAUUGUGUAAAGCACUGAACCUGACUGAAACUCUUUUUAUGCUGACCUGCAAAAGAAUGUUAUUCGAGUGCUGUCGCUGGACCUGACUGGACAAAAUGUACCAAAACCCUAAAGAAACUCACUACUGCCUCACUGCUGCUUCUGCUGUAUAGUGAAUUAAACCAAAACUAACAAGUGCCUCAUUCCAGACCGUACACUAUAUUCAUAUGUUAUGGAUUAUAUUUAUUUAAAAGAUGUUCAGACAGAAGGGUUCAGCUGUGGUGAGCGAUGUAGAAUCACCUUAACACUAAAAAAAAAAACACUUAACACUGUACGAGCACAAAGCAUAACACUAAAACUGCCUGAGGGAAUAAAUGUAGUUGAUCUCCACACGGGUGCAAUAAUAACACUGUAUGUAAUGUUCAUGCUCUGAAUGUUCUUGACUGACUGAUCUGUAUGUGCCGUUUUACUGACUCUUUUGAAUGUAAAGCUUUAUGAUUGUACCUGUUUGUUUGCUCAGUUGUAAAGCUGACAUUAUCAACCAAAGUUUAAUGUGAGUCUUCAGUCUUUCUCUACUUUCUUUUCUUUUUUUAAUGAUGAUGACUGUCUUCUCAUCUCAUCGCUGUAAAAGAGAAUCAGUUCACUCUCUUAAAGCAAUGUUCAGACUGUGUUGUCUUUAUGUAAUUUAUGAUUUAAAUGCAGCCAAAUGUUGCAUGGUUUAAUAAAACAUUGCUUUCUAAAGUUU